AUGCGCUUUCUUAAAAAGCACCUCUCAUCUAUUCUCACUACUAUUCAGAAUUUCACCAAGGUUGCUGCACCGGGAGGCAGAAGCAAACGCUUGUACGAAAUACAGGAGCAUUAUAUGUCAACUGAAUCAUGCCUAAAGGUGGAUGAAUCAGAUAGGGUGUUGGGUUAUGCUUCCAAGAAAGACUGCCACGAGGUUAUAGACGGUGCAACCCCACCUUUACACCGGGCCUUCAGCUUGUUCUUAUUUCGAAAACUUCAACCCUGCCUACCGGAUUCUCCUCUACAGCUACUUAUACAGCGUCGAGCUGCGUCGAAGUUUACCUAUCCGAAUCUGUGGUCUAACACAUGCUGCAGUCAUCCUAUUGUAAAUCUGCCGUCGGAGCUGGUUGAAGAAAAUGCCUUGGGGGUGAGAUUAGCAGCACAGCGGAAGAUCGAACACGAGCUAGGGAUGCGUUCUGAAUCCGUCGUCCCUUUAUCUUCCCUUCACUUCCUCACACGAUUCAUUUAUUCCGCACCAAAUGAACCGUCAGACAAUUCUCAGUGGGCUGAACAUGAGAUGGACUACAUUUUGGUCAGUAUUCUGGAUCCGAAAAUAGAUACAAACCUGGAAUCAGGCCUCGUCAAACUGAAUCCUGAGGAGGUCAGCGACGUCCAGUGGAUAGGGGAGGAUGAUCUACACAACAUAUUGUUGCCAACCGGUGUUGAAACUGAACAGCAGGCUGUUAGCAGCAACAACCAUUGUGACCUCAAACGACAAGAUUUCACCCCUUGGGUACGUGGUCUCGCCUCCUCAGGCUACCUCCGUCGAAUUUGGCGGUGGGCUGAGGAACACAGUGCUAAUCGCAGCCAUGCAAUGGACUGCGAAUCUAGUAGACCGGCUGUGUUCGACAAAGAAGCCAUCAUUCGUCUGGAUAACUUCUGCAAUACAAACCUGGAAUCAGGCCUCGUCAAACUGAAUCCUGAGGAGGUCAGCGACGUCCAGUGGAUAGGGGAGGAUGAUCUACACAACAUAUUGUUGCCAACUGGUGUUGAAACUGAACAGCAGGCUGUUAGCAGCAACAACCAUUGUGACCUCAAACGACAAGAUUUCACCCCUUGGGUACGUGGUCUCGCCUCCUCAGGCUACCUCCGUCGAAUUUGGCGGUGGGCUGAGGAACACAGUGCUAAUCGCAGCCAUGCAAUGGACUGCGAAUCUAGUAGACCGGCUGUGUUCGACAAAGAAGCCAUCAUUCGUCUGGAUAACUUCUGCAGUUAG